AUGGAUGGAAUGGUCAAGACCCACAGACUCAGACCUCCUCACUCCCUCAGACCCACAGACUCAGACCUCCUCACUCCCUCAGACCCACAGACUCAGACUUCCUCACUCCCUCAGACCCACAGACUCAGACCUCCUCACUCCCUCAGACCCACAGACUCAGACCUCCUCACUCCCUCAGACACACAGACUCAGACCUCCUCACUCCCUCAGACACACAGACUCAGACCUCCUCACUCCCUCAGACCCACAGACUCAGACCUCCUCACUCCCUCAGACCCACAGACUCAGACCUCCUCACUCCCUCAGACACACAGACUCAGACCUCCUCACUCCCUCAGACCCACAGACUCAGACCUCCUCACUCCCUCAGACCCACAGACUCAGACCUCCUCACUCCCUCAGACACACAGACUCAGACCUCCUCACUCCCUCAGACCCACGGACUCAGACCUCCUCACUCCCUCAGACCCACAGACUCAGACCUCUUCACUCCCUCAGACCCACAGACUCAGACCUCCUCACUCCCUCAGACACACAGACUCAGACCUCUUCACUCCCUCAGACCCACAGACUCAGACCUCCUCACUCCCUCAGACCCACAGACUCAGACUUCCUCACUCCCUCAGACCUCACUCCCUCAAACUCAGACCUCCUCACUCCCUCAGACCCACAGACUCAGACCUCCUCACUCCCUCAGACCCACAAACUCAGACCUCCUCACUCCCUCAGGACUAA